AUGGCCAAAACCACUUCUUCGCUGCAAAAGACCUACGACGAGUGCUAUCUCACGUGCUCAACCGCCGUUUACUUCGAAGGCAAAAACAAUGAAGCAGAGGCCUUGAGGUCCUGGCGCUCCGCCCUCGAAACCAUCAAUUACCAUAAUGCCUAUCGCUUGUCUGCUACCUACACCCCGCGAACCGAAACCGAAAAGGCCCUCCAAGACUCCAUCCGACAAUUAGAGGCUCAAUGUCGAGAACGCGUUGAUCUCCUCGAAGCUCUCCGUGAAAGCAGGAAAGAAGCUCAGAAAGACAACAAUCCCUCUAUUAACGGCAACGGUACCGGCAACGGAAACGGAAACAGCAAACCUACAAGUCCUACCGGGUUAUCGUCACUAAAAGGCAAAUUCUCGUCCAAGAGUCCGACUUCGCCGACAAACAAUACUAGUCAUAAUAAUACCACUCCGGGCUGGAUCGGUGACGGUACCAUUCCCGCCGUUCAUUACGCCGAUCUAUCCAAACCCCCCACAUUACCGGGUCGGCCCCAGCCUCAGACCAGGAUCAGCUCCGAGUCGAUCGCCCCCCGACACGCGACUACGACAUCAUCUGCAGUCUCACCGCCAUCCCAGGUCCUAUCCAAUUCCUCCAGCAGACCCAAGUCCAAGCCCAAACCCAAGCCCCAGUCACAAUCGCGCAUCUUGAGUCCGGAAAGGAAAGCACCGGACAAUAUACCACCCAUGUUAUCGACAUUACGCAAAGGGUAUCCCAAGAAGGAUCCUAAGAAGGAUCCCAAGAAACAGGCCAAGAAGAAGGCCAGUAGUCCCAGGAUUAGUCCGGAACGGACCUCGAGGCCGGCUGCCUCGCAGGCCGCCGCGGGCUUAGCGUGGGAUAGUAACUAUCGAUCGCCGUCGUCAUCGGACAGAGGGGCCAGUGAUGCGGCACUAGUGUCGUCGAGGAUUAGUGUCUCAGAUUCGAGGUAUUCGUCGGGAGAAGAAGUGCCAACGAGGAGGACAUUUGCCGAUGAGACUGAGCCGAGUUCCCCGCGGACGUCUGACCAGGCUAUACGACGGGUUCCUGCGAAGACCCCGGUGACAAUCUCGUCUGCUGCGUCUGGUGGUGCGCGUUCUCAUUCUGCGAGUCGCGAACGAUCAUAUUCAGGGUCCGCGCCGCGUUCGUCGCCAAAGCCCUCUGUUAAACCCAAGCCGGCUGAAUUGAAAACGUCACAGCAGGCUCCUGUUCGACCAAAGCUCAAUCGCGCAGCGUCUGGUUCCGGGACGCCCAGGUCUAGUCGGACAAGCCAACCCGCACCGAGAACUCGAAUCACACCCACUUCAACUGGAAAUAAUGAUGCAGGACUUUCCGGUUCUAUGGACCGAAUGGAUAUCUCUGAUCCGGCGAUUCGAAGGAAACCGCAGGUCCGGAGAGAGACGCCUCCAUCGAGCGAUGCCGAAUCACCCGGCCCCCGGUCCACAGAUGCAGACGAGGAUAACGAAGAAGAUGAUGAGGAUGAGGACGGGGACGAAGACGAUGCGAUUAUGGAUAUCAUGAACAAACUCCCCAAAGGCGUCGACACCAUGGCAGCCCGCCAGAUCCUCAACGACAUCGUCGUCCGCGGCGACGAAGUACACUGGGACGAUAUAGCAGGACUCGAAGGCGCAAAAAAAGCCCUCAAAGAAGCAGUCGUCUACCCAUUCCUGCGUCCAGAUUUAUUUUCUGGCCUCCGCGAACCAGCCCGCGGCAUGCUCUUAUUCGGACCCCCUGGUACAGGAAAAACAAUGCUUGCGCGAGCUGUAGCCACCGAAUCCAAAUCAACCUUCUUCUCUGUAUCUGCCUCUACACUGACAUCCAAAUGGCAUGGCGAAAGCGAAAAGCUCGUCCGCGCGUUAUUCGGUCUCGCGAAAACCCUCGCCCCAUCUAUCAUCUUCGUCGACGAGAUCGACUCUUUACUAUCUGCGCGAUCAUCAGGAGCAGAAAACGAAGCGUCGCGUCGCUCAAAGACGGAAUUCCUGAUCCAAUGGUCUGAUCUACAACGCGCAGCUGCAGGGCGCGAACAAGGGAAAGCGGAUAAGAAGGUCGGAGAUGCAAGUCGGGUCCUUGUCCUGGCUGCUACGAAUAUGCCAUGGGAUAUCGAUGAAGCUGCCCGACGCCGAUUCGUGAGGAGACAGUACAUCCCGCUUCCUGAGCAUGGCGUGCGCGAACAGCAGAUACGGAAAUUGCUCAGCCAUCAAGUCUACGAGUUAGCUGAUGAUGAUAUUGAGGUUCUUGUCCAGGUUACAGAAGGCUUCUCCGGCAGCGACAUAACAGCCCUCGCUAAAGACGCAGCAAUGGGCCCCCUCCGCAACCUCGGCGAAGCCCUCCUGCACACGCCCAUGGACCAGAUCAGACCGAUCCGGUUCGCUGAUUUCGAGGCGAGUUUGUACGCUAUCAGGCCGAGUGUCAGUCAAGAAGGGCUGAAGCAGUAUGAGGAGUGGGCGAAGAAUUUCGGGGAGAGGGGGGGUUGA